AUGACCCAGAUAGCUGCAGCCACACAAACUCGGAACGAGCAGGUCAAUAAGCUCGAACGCGCGCAACAAAGACGAGACGAUUAUGCAUCACGAGGCUGGCAGCGACGUCACCAUGAUGGAACAGUCCGGGAAAUAUCGAGAGACUUGCAGGGUAUGAACCGAGCCCUCGAGCACUGGUGGGGGAGAGCCAAUGCCGUCGAACUCAAGGAAGGCAGACUACGCAGACGAGAGGUUGUUGAGGCUGCAUUGAAAGAGGCAGCAAAAGAAGGGCGAGCUGAUCUUUAUUACUUUGGGAGUCAAAGAGACGAUGAACGAUCGGAGGAACUUGAUGCCAAACCUGAAGUAUCAGAGCCACGACAUUUUCCGACAAUCGACGAGAGAAGGCAUCCACUCUUCAUUGUGCCCUUCCAUGGAGGCCCCUUCCUCGGUCCAGCCUAG